UAUUUUUUUCUUGUUCUUCAGUGAUCCAAUGAGGGAAACAAAAUGAUGACAACAGAUUCGUCCAUGGACAGACACAUUCAGCAGACUACUGAGCGUUUGAUUUGCAUAAAGCAGCAACUUUCCCACCCUAGUACUUUCACGACUGCUGCUAGGGAGCUACUCGAGUGGUGUGCCGAUCCCAGAGCUUUCCAACGAUCAUUCGAACCCGGCCUUAUCGGUUGUUUAACGAUUGUCAGCAGAGUUGCAGCUCAGAAUGGGUAUGAUCUCGAUCUAGGCUACCGACUUCUUGCCGUUUGCGCAGCACACAGGGACAAGUUUACUCCUAAGUCAGCUGUCUACGGUGUCUACCAAGUUUGA